AUUCCGAUUCCCGAUGGUGGCCACCGAUUGAUUUUUUUUUUAUAAGUUUUUAACAUUCUCGAACGUUUACAGUUGCGAGUCGCUCCACUACCACCUUAACCAAACUUCACUGCACAAAAACUCUAGCUCUUUCAUCUGAGAAAAACCCUAUCAUUUUCUUUUCCGAGCCAAUUCUAUUUCUAACCUAAUCUAUUCACUGUUUCAUUCGAGCUCUUUCAUCACUCUAGCCAUCCCCCACCCGCUAAUAACCCUUAACUACCGCGCGAUAAACAUGUCAAAACUUAACCGUGACUUUCCGUCCGAUGUAAUCACCGACAUCCUGUGCCAACUUCCAGUCAAGACUCUCCUACGGUUUCGGUGCGUAUCCAAACGUUGGCACUCCCAAAUUGACGGUCCAGAUUUCGUCCAGCUCCACCUCGGUCGCUCGCUCGCCACCAAGUCCAAUCUCAGCCUCAUCCUCAAGAAAUGGUACCUCUACUCCGCCGAGUUUGAUUCGCUUCACACAGCCACCGAGCUCAAUCCCCCUCUGAAUAUUAUCUGGGGUUUAACAGAAGUUUUCGGCUCUUGCAAUGGCUUGUUGGCUCUCUGUAAUUCUGAGGAAGAUAUGGCUUUGUGGAACCCGUCCACUAGAAAGUAUCAGAGAUUGCCGGUAAUGCUGGUCGAGCCUCCUUCAGGUGAUGUUAGACCUCGUCGUUUUACGUUUUAUGGAUUUGGGCGAGACCCCAUUAACGACGAUUACAAGGUGGUGAGGAUGGUGCAGUUUGUUUCCCAAGACGGUGAUGAUGGGUUUUUCUCCACUGAGCUUAAGGUUUAUAGCUUAAAGACUAACUCAUGGAGAGAGAUCAAGGAUUUCCCUUAUUAUCUUCGCUUUAUGUUUCAGCUUGGCUAUCUUCUUUUUUAUAGGAGAGGAUACGGCGUGUUUGCUGGUGGUGCUUUGCAUUGGGUCUUGCCUCCAGGGUUUGGAUGGGACUGUCAGAUUGUUGCUUUUGAUCUUGGGGUUGAGGAGUUUCGGAUUGUACCGCUGCCUGAUCAUGUAGAUCAAGGUUUUGAAAUGGAUCUUGCGGUCUUGGAAGGGUGCCUGUGCUUGCUUUGCAAUUACGAUAACGACUAUGUUGAUGUAUGGGUGAUGGAGGAAUAUGGGCUGAAGGAGUCUUGGACUAAAUUAUUUGAUGUUUCCCAGUCCACUUUGAAUAGGGCUUUUGGACAUGUGAUGCCUUUAGCUUAUUCUAAGAGCCGCGAGAAGGUUCUUUUGGAGGUGGACAGGGACAAGCUCUUUUGGUAUGAUUUUAGAAGGAGGCGAGCCAAGAGAGUGAGGAUUGAGGGAGCUCCAAAUUCAUUCAGUGCGGAUAUUUAUGUGGGAAGCCUUGUUCCCUUAGGUGGCGGUGAAGUGGAUCGGAAGGCCCUGAAACCACAAAAGGAAAGAAAGAAAAGCAAUACAAAGCACAUGGAUAAAUUUCUGUCGAAAGGCUUUAAACUGACUUUAUAAGCAUAUAUAGGGAUAUGAAGUAGAAGCAAAGUGAAAAAUGAUACGUGCCAGGAGGUGAGAAACAUGGGCUAACUACGGUGUUAUACAUCACUCAGUGAAGAAGGCUUCGUUAGACAUGGGAUAAAUUAGAACAUAAACAAUGUCUUUAAACUGAAAUAGCUUUUAAAAGAAAAUGCCUAUCACAUUGCUCUGACCCAUUAUAAUUGUUUUCUCAAUAGAAACUUGUAGAGUGCCCAACUGUUGCUCUUAUGAUUACCAAUUGAAUAGAGCUUGUUCUGUAAAGCAACUUGCUCAUCAACUGCAUUUGGGAUUGUGUGCUUAUGCAAAUAUGAUAUUUUGACAAGUUGCUGUGGAGGAUUUCAAUUUGGUUACGGAGCUUCCAGCUUAGAUAUUGCUUUGAGUUUAUACCUCAUUUACUUGACUUUGCUGUAGCUAGGUACUUCUCAUGUAUACAUCCUAUGUACUUGGCCUAUGCCUCAUUUUCUUAUGAAUAAACUUCUUGAUUGCCUAUUAAAAAAUGCUGUUGUGCAGGCUCCCUCAAUGCUUGUCAAUGUGUUACUUCUCUUGUCCUACGUAAUAUUUCCUAGUAUGCUGUAAAAUUGCACGAGUUGGUUUUUCAUAUGAUUUUCUCUGUAGAUUUCCUAUCAUCCCGUGAAAGAAAACAAACUUGGUACCCAAUGGAAUUUAUUAGAGACAUGCAGGAUUGGGAAGUAGGUGAAGUUUCUGAUUUCUUAGGAAGAUUAUAUGAGAUGAAGCUUGAUCAGAACAGGGAGGACAGUCUGCUGUGCAGUGCAUACAGUUAAUCUAAGAUUUUCAGUGAGUUCUUUUUAUAAGGUGUUAACCAGUCAUGGGGUCAAAGACUAUCCCUGGAAAAGUAUUUGGAGAGCCAAGGUGCCUAGUAAGGUUGCUUUUUUCUGCUGGCUGGUG